UAUUACUUUCUAAGUUUUUUGUUAUAAUUUUUUUUAUAGCUUGUGAUUUAGAAUAAUUAUGUGUAAAAUAUAUUCAAAGAAUUGUGAGUGAAAGAUUUAGUGACUUUUGUUAAGAAAAACAGUCUAAAUAUUUAAUAUCACAGGAAUAAAUUAUAAAAUGGCCCAAAGUGCUUGUUUAUUAUCUCGAAUAAUGGCUACUUCUGUAUCUGCUACCGUAAGAGCAGGUAAAAUCAUAAGAGAUGUUAUGACUCAUGGAAGUUUAAAUAUAGUAGAAAAAGGCAAAAAUGAUUUACAAACUGAAGCUGAUCGUUGUGCUCAAAGGUGUAUUAUUGCUUCAUUAAGCCAACAGUUUCCAAAUAUUACUAUCAUUGGUGAAGAGGAACCAUCAAACUGCGAUAUACCAUACGAUUGGAUUGUAACUGAUGCAGAUCAAGAAAUGUUACAAUUAAAAUUACCAACUCAUUUGGAAGAUAUAGAUCCCAAGGAUGUGUGUAUUUGGGUAGAUCCAUUGGAUGGAACAUCAGAGUAUACACAAGGUCUUGUAGAACAUGUUACAGUAUUAGUAGGGGUGGCAAUUGGACAUAGAGCAAUUGGAGGUGUAAUUCAUCAACCAUAUUACAAAAAUAAUGAAAAUGAAAUAUUAGGACGUACUCUUUGGGGUAUUAACGGUGUAGGAUUUGGUGGGUUUGCACCAAUUGCUCCACCACAUGGAAAAUUAAUAAUUACAACCACAAGUUCACAUUCAAACUGUAAUGUUCAAGCAGCUAUAAAUGCUUUAUCUCCUGAUGAAAUUUUACAUGUUGGUGGUGCUGGAUAUAAAGUAAUACUUUUAAUGGAAGGGAAAGCUCAUGCUUAUGUAUUUGCUAGUAAUGGUUGCAAAAGAUGGGAUACUUGUGCCCCUGAAGCUAUUCUUCAUGCUAUUGGUGGUACAUUAACUGAUAUUUAUGGAGAAUAUUAUUCUUAUAAUGCAGAAACAACGUAUUCUAACGAAAGAGGUAUAUUAGCUACUGCACCUGGUCAGAAUCAUCAAUGGUAUUUGAAUAAUAUACCAUAUGAACUAAAGCAAAAAUUAGAAUAAUAAUGUAUAUAAUUUUACACAAAAUAUUUAAUAUAUAUUUAAACAGGA